AUGAAUAAACACACUCAGUUUUGUACGCUAGAGUUUCUCAAUACCGACGUUCUGAUUGCAAUUCUAUCCGCAUGCAACUCUUUCAGCGAUCUUGCCUCUAGUAUUCGUACAUCGCCGAUCUUGCUUCAUGCUUUUCGCCCCGCCAAGCCCGCCGUGCUCCGACACGUUGCUAGCAACAUCCUCGGGCCUGCAACUCGGGACGCUGCUUUACUCGCACAAACCUCACGAUUCGAGGCCCUAACCCACGAUGACCUCGCCAACAAAGUCGACGCAGCAGCCCAAGACUAUGAAGCCCGCUUGCGUGUCGCUAGCGCACCAUGGUUGACGACGAUAGAUGCCGACACUGCAGUUGCCCUGACCCAUGUCACUCGGCUCACACAAUUCUUUAUCGACCUCUUCUGCUACUUUCGCUUUCGAUAUUUUGCGCAGAAGCUGGAUCUAAAUCAGGCAAAUCUUCCUCCUUCUCAGCUUCCUCUAAGUCGGAUUGAACAUAACCAGAUUGCACAAGCUCUCCUGCGCCGUCAACUGCUCGUGUAUUUCAAGGGUGGAAGGUACUCUCGACCCCGAGAUAAGCCCCGAUUCAUCAGAACAGUCUUCUCGCUCCUUCACUCAUGA